UAUGAUCUACGCACGCAAAAAGAGAGAGUGAGAGAGAUUCAUAUCUCAAUUAGGGUGUUGAGGGGGCAGUGGUUGGUUGAUCUCGAUGGCGGUUGAAGCGACGAGGAUGAGAGGGACGGUGGAGACCUUCUCCGAUCAGAAGGGUUACGGAUUCAUCAAGCCGGACGGGAACGGCGAUUCGCUGUUCGUUCAUCAGACGGCGAUCAAGGCAGAGGGCUACCGGACCCUGUACAAAGAUCAGACGGUUGAAUUUGAGGUAGUCAAGAAGGGGGAUAGGUUUCAGGCGAUCGAAGUUACUGGACCUAACGGCGCCCUGCUUGAGGAACCGCGAUCCAGAGGGAAGGGCCUUGGAUACGGCGGUGGUGAGAAUAGGCGGAGCGGGAAUGAUUAUGGAAGUGGUGCCGAUCUUAGGAGGAAUGGAAGUGGGUAUGGAGGUUCCGGCGGUGGGCGUUGUUUUAAUUGUAACCAGACUGGACAUUUGGCUAGGGAUUGCGAGCAGAGUGGUGGUGGUGAUGGUUCUAUCAGGAGGAACGGGAAUGGAUAUGGUGGCGGGGCAGAGUGCUUUAAAUGUCGGCAGAUUGGUCAUUUAGCUAGGGAUUGCGAGCAGAGUGGUGGUGGUGAUGGCUCUGUCCGGAGGAAUUGGAAUGGAUAUGGUGGUGGGGCUGAGUGCUUUACAUGUGGGCAGAUUGGUCAUUUAGCUAGGGAGUGUGACCUGAAUAACCAAGAUGGAGGCUUUGACUAUAAUACUAAGAGCUUGAAUGGGUAUCGAGGAGGAGGGGGAGUAGAAUGCUAUAACUGUAGAAAGAUUGGGCAUUUAGCCAAAGAUUGCGACCUGAACAGAGGGGGCAGCAGAGGUGGUGGUGCUGGUGGUGGUUGCUUCAAGUGUGGUGUGCCUGGGCACAUUGCAAGAGAUUGUGCAAGUGGUGGAGGUGGUGGCAGUGGUGGUGGAAAGUGCUUCACCUGUGGGGUACCGGGCCACUUUGCCCGGGACUGCCCUUCGGCUGGAGGUGACAAUGGUGGGAGGUUCAGGGGUGGCACAUCGAAUGAAUGCUUCAACUGCGGUGAUCCAGGUCAUUUUGCUAGAGACUGCACCCUAGAAGCCUAACUUUACCUUGCUAUUCCAUUCCUAUCAUUCUAAACAUAUUUUUUGAGUUUGCUCUCCAAUCUUUCUUGUUCAUCAUAAGUUUCAGCUACUUGCUUUACAGGUUUUCAUGGUAUUGAUUGCUGUUUUUAUACCUUUUUUGGUCUAAUACGCUUGCUCCAUGGAUUGGUUAUACAGUUAUAAUUGCAUUAUCUUUGAGUGUUGAAUAAUUAUGUUCUUGGUUU